CGAAAUGAUCAAUGAUUUAUGGUCUUACGUAGCGCCGACCUCGCACGGUCGUCAUGACGUUAACGAAUGCAAGGCGACUCAACCGGAUAUUCCGCAGCCUUUAUUGUCAGCAUGUGUCAAUUUCCUCACGAUAUAACGUCGCAUAUUUGAACAGAGACCGAGUAGGUACCGCUGGGUCGUGACCCACUUUUCACAGCUUAUAAACGCGAGGUGACCAUGGUAUGACAAAUAUGGCCUACAAGCUCAAAUCUGGGUCAGCAUCAACGCACACUGUCUGUGUGUAGUUUGUGUUCUGUACGUGUUAUUACUUGGAAUGGGCCGAGCAGCCUUCGGUUAUGCCCUUACGUUUAAUUUACGAUCGCGAUUCGCUGAGGGUGUGUCCUAAUUAUUCGGCAGGUGUGAGUCUUUGAAAUGAAUAGUCGUGACGAUAUGUAGGUCAGUGUGCUUUUGAAGGUCAACAGAUCAAAUCCGGUCCAUGGGCCGCGAGACAACAAAGCUAUUGUGCGUACAGCUGUGUUCAAUAAAUGCAGCCUAAUUGUAGUAUCCGCAAACAUACAUCCUCGUCAGCGGUCCAACACAAUCACCUCCGUGACGCUGUUGGUCCUCGUUUCAGAUUUGGUCUUUUUCCCAAUUCCUGUAACACAAAGUGAAUUCCAGGCAGUUGUCGCCAUCACAGAGCAUUUAUUAUCUCAACAGUCACAGAAGUUUGUUUGACUUCCCAAGCAUUUCUUUUCCAGAGCAUUUUGGUGAAACUGUUUUUUUUUUUUUUACACUUUUGGGGCAUUCGACAGUGCCAACAUGAUCUGAACCUCUCUACUAUAGGUUCAAGGCCGCUUACAUGACUGAGACCGGAUAUUAUGGGAAUUUUGGUCAAUGAAGUGGGAGAAAAAGACGGGUCAGCUCAGCUGGAUGCGACAUGCCUGCCAAAGCGUGAGCAGCAAGCGGCGAUGCAUUCACAGAUUGAGUUGAUCCAUAUUUAUGAGUUUUUCUUCUUUGUUUCUUCUAAAAGGACGAAGGGCACCCUUAAGACAUCUAAAAAUUGUUCAUCACAGUCCACUGACUGAACCACCGAAGCUACCAGGUGUUACGUUUAGCUACAGGCCCUCAAGGCUGCUAGGUUGUACACGAGGAGAGCAAAAUAUUCCAUCAACCUUGUUAGAUAAUCGACAUGAGAUACAAUUUUGGAGAUUUGUCAACAGUGAAAAGAAGAGGAAGAAAAGAGAGGAAGAAAGAAACCAGACCAAUAUUACUCAAUGUGACGCAUUAAAAUGAUGCUGUCUGCCUGUGAGGGGUCGAGUCAGGAGGCGCAUUUAGUGCAUGACGCAAUCGAUCUGCGACGAGAAAGCGGGAAGCUAGCAAUGAUGGCGGUGCCGCAACCCAAGCAGGCGAAAGAGGGCGAAGAUUGCUCUCUGCUGCCUUUGGUUCACGAUAUUAUCAAGUGCAUGGACAAGGAGAGCCAGGACGUCCACCAGGAGCUGAGUAAGCUGAAGGCGAAGAUCCAGGAGGCCCGGGAACAGAUCUCCGUCAUGCCGGGUAUUGAGAGCAGCCCCGCCGAGCAACAGCAGCAGCUGGCGACGCUGCGGGAGCAGGUCCGCACCAAGAACCAGUUGCUGCAGAAAUACAAAAGCUUGUGCAUGUUCGACGUGCCCAAAGCGUCUUGAAUGCACAAGUGGAGGAUUAGCAGCUCGGACUUCCAAGAUGCCGGGGACACUUUGCGUACAUUGUAAGCCUUACACGUUGGUUCGGAUCAAAUGGACUUUUCACGAGGGACUGACUUCGAGGUUACUCCAUUGCUCUGGGAGGCGAUUUCGACGUCCUAUAUUAUUUCUCUUUGGUUGGCUAUAUGUUGUUUUGUAAUAAAG